UCGCUCCCUCUGCUCUUCCUCCCUUCGAUCGCACCAUGGCUGAUCAGCUGACCGAGGAACAGAUUGCUGAAUUCAAGGAAGCUUUCUCCCUAUUCGAUAAGGAUGGCGAUGGCACCAUCACAACAAAGGAACUUGGAACUGUCAUGAGGUCACUGGGUCAGAACCCAACAGAAGCUGAAUUGCAGGAUAUGAUCAACGAAGUGGAUGCUGAUGGUAAUGGCACCAUUGACUUCCCCGAAUUUUUGACUAUGAUGGCUAGAAAAAUGAAAGAUACAGAUAGUGAAGAAGAAAUCUGUGAGGCAUUCCGAGUCUUUGACAAGGAUGGCAAUGGUUACAUCAGUGCAGCAGAACUACGUCACGUCAUGACAAACUUAGGAGAAAAACUAACAGAUGAAGAAGUAGAUGAAAUGAUCAGAGAAGCAGAUAUUGAUGGAGACGGACAAGGCAACUAUGAAGAAUUCGUACAGAUGAUGACUGCAAAAUGAAGACCUACUUUCAACUCCUUUUUCCCCCCUCUAGAAGAAUCAAAUUGAAUCUUUUACUUACCUCUUGCAAAAAAAAGAAAAAGAAAAAAAAA